AUGGCAACGGAAAAGUCACCAGCAGCGGAGAUUGCCGCGUCACUCAACGAUGGCAAGGUGCAUCUACUUCUGGCCGCAACAGGUUCCGUUGCCACAAUAAAGCUACCGCUUAUCAUUGCAGCAUUCGCAGACCAUCCGAAUAUCUCGAUUCGGGUGAUUCUUACCAAAGCUGCCGCUGAGUUCCUUCGUGCCCAGUCUGAGGAACAACCUUCGGUAGAAUCACUCUCAUCGCUCCCCAACGUCGACUCGGUCCUCCAUGAUGAGGAUGAAUGGACCGAGCCUUGGACACGAGGUUCAGACAUACUACACAUCACCCUCCGUAGAUGGGCUCAUUUACUAGUUAUCGCUCCACUGAGCGCGAAUUCACUGGCGAAAGUGGUCCACGGGAUGUCCGAUAAUCUGCUUACGAGCGUUGUACGCGCAUGGGACACGACGGGGUUGAUUGACGGGAGAAAGAAGCGGAUACUUGUCGCUCCCGCGAUGAACACAGCAAUGUGGAUGCAUCCUGUGACAGCACAGCAGAUGCGCGUCCUGGAAGAAGAUUGGGGGAUUAAAGAAGUCAAUGGGAUUGUGCAAGGCUGGUUUGAAGUCCUCCGGCCCAUUGAGAAAUCGCUCGCGUGUGGUGAUGUGGGGUCCGGCGGCAUGAUGGAAUGGAGGGAGAUCGUGAAGAUCGUUAGGCAGAGAUUGAGUGUUUCUGCAUGA